AGCCUGGCUAACAUGAAUUGUAUUCCCAUUGGAGAGCAGCUUCAGUUUGGUGUUGGGCAAUUCUGGAUACAAGCAUAUGGACUACAAUCCUCAUCUACCUUAGGAGCCUUAGACGAGUCAUCCACACGGUUCCCUUUGGGAACUGGAUUGACAUCUGGAAACGUGACUGAAAACUUACAAGCUUACAUUGAUAAAAGUACACAGGCAUCUAGUGAAGAGAAUUCUGCAAAGCUUGAUGAGUAUAAAAUUGUGCCACAAAACCAUUCCCUUCUUGAAAAUGAUCUUAAAAAUGCAAUGUCCUGUUUCUUACCAAAGAAAGCAAAUGACAACUCAAAUAUACUUAACUCUGAGUUGCUGCCGUGUCUCCAGAAUUUAUAUAAUCAAGUUAGCUAUCUCCAUGUGGGACAUAAGGAUAAGUGGCAGGAAAACAUCAUCAAGCCUGAUGAAGCCAUUCUUGGUGUUGGAGCUGCAAAGGACCCUGAUGCUGUGGCUGUAAAACAUCACAACCCAGACAAGGUGUGUUGGGCCAAGAACAGCCAGGCCAAAGCCACCACCAUGGAGUCAUGUCCGUCUCUCCAAUGCUGUGAAGGAUGUAGAAUGUAUGGCAGUUUUGAUGCCCUGCCACCUUGCUGUUGUGACAUAAAUGAGGGCCUCUGACUUGGGAAAGGUGGGCACAAAAAUCUUCAUGAGCAAUAUUUCUUUCUUAGUAGAACGUUUUAUUAUUCAAGUUCUAGAGUGUUUACAUGCUAUUAUAUAAUGUACAGUGUUAUUUUCUGUACUUUUGCAUAAAUAUGCAAUAUUGGAAAUA